CUUACAAAUAUACUGGUAUAUAUCAUUUGUUUCGUACACAGUGAAUUCUAGACGAUGCCAGUAAUUAAAACUACUUUAAAAGAGUUUGCAGAGAACACAUCGGCGCAUGGAGUUAAUAAGCUUGUGACCUCCAAAGGAUGGUUCAUCAAACUUAUCUGGCUGGUGUUGUUUCUUGGCGCCUCCUCCAUGAUAGUGUAUCAGGUUUCACGAUUAGUGGUCAACUAUCUGCGGAGACCUGCAACCGCGAAGACAACCGUUGUGAACAAACCUCUGCUGUUCCCCUCCGUCACCAUAUGUAACCUCAACCCUGUCCGAUACUCCAAGGUGAAGACAGACCCUGCCCUAAUCGAACUGGUGGGGAACCUUGCAAAAAAGAUGAACAUGUCUUUAGACGCAUUCCCGUAUGACGGGACGAACGAACCGCCUGAUCCGACGUACCCAGAGCCGGCAAACACCACAGUGGAACAAAUUCUUGAAGAAUACUCGGCUGAUUUCCUGAUGCAACUGAACGCUGCGGGAGAAAAAAUCGUCAAGUCUUACUCUCAAAAACUAGAAAGCCUCCUCGUCAGCUGCUCGUUUGCUGGAAAGCCAUGCAGUGCCGAUGACUUCACCACGAUUUCCAACUUCGAUUAUGGGAUAUGUUAUCAGUUCCCGAAUGCUACAAACUUCCCAAACGGUGUUUUGUUUCACAAUGCUGGCCCCCUAUUUGGUUUCCGCUUAGUACUGAACAUCGACCAAAACGAGUACAUCCCUUUCCUGACGCCCGGAGCAGGUAUCCGAGUUCGGAUCCAUGAGAUAAAUUCAUCAGCCAACUUGCUAGAACAAGGCCAUUCGAUUCCUGCUGGCUUUGAAACUUCUAUUGGCGUUCGACCGGUUGUUACAGUGAAUCUUCCAGCUCCAUUCGGGACAUGCGAUGAAACAAAUGCAUUCAGCGAUAUUUUGGGUUGCCAAAGAGAUUGUUUAGAAUCGGCCAUAACGCGGAAGUGCCAGUGCUCCCGACUGAUCAGCUGGGAACUGGCGUUUGAGGCAAAUGGUGAAGAUAGCGGAAGUCAAUCAAACCAACCAUGCGAAAAACAACAUAUUGGCUGCAUAAAGGAGGUUAUCAAGCGAAACCAAGAAGGAAUUAUUGUUUGCGGUUGCAUACAUCCAUGCAGGAAACACACGUACGAAAUGAAGACAUCGAUGACGCGGUACCCGUCCACCCACUACGACCCAGCUCUUAGAUACACACUUAGUCAGUGGAUCGACCAGGGAAAGAUAUACUCGGUCGAGGAAUCAAGGAAGAAUAUUCUUUCCCUAAAAGUCUAUUUCUCUGACCUUGAAGAAAAAACGAUCGAGGAAGAGGAGGCGUACCCAUUUGAAAACCUGCUGAGUGAUAUUGGAGGACAGCUGGGACUCUGGCUGGGGAUUUCAGUUUUCUCCGUCUGUGAAGUUGUUGAACUUCUCUAUCUAAUCAUUCACAACAGUUUGAGAGGAAAGAAAACGCAAGUCCUUGCGUUUUCCUCACCCGAGUAACAAAGGCAUGUGUGGGUUGGGUGGGUUGGGUAGUCAAGUUCGUGGCAUUUCCUCACAGA